ACAAACGGAAGGGAAAACCCCAGCCGCCGCACCGUCUCCAUCAACAAACGAGCACGGGAAGUGUCGGACGCACACAAUUGGCGUAAAUUCAGUGAUAUUUGCUGUUAAUGUCAUGAUUUCACCAAUUCUAGCUAUGAUUUCUUCACCUCAGCGCCGCUGGUCAUAGUCAUGCAAUGCUCCUGGCUUUGACUGGCAGAAGGACCCGGGGCUCCUGUGUGGAGGUGGGUGAUACAGCGUGACCACACAUGGCCUGGACCACAUUUGUCACCAUGGAAACCUCGUCGGGUCCGAGUCCUCCUCACCAGAACGGAGACGUGCUGCCGCUCAAGCUGGCUUCCAGUGCUGCCCUGCAGGUUCACCUCUACUACCGCAGCCAGGGCCAAAGCCAGGGCACCAGCAACUGCCUCCCACUCACUUAUCCACCAGGUGAUUACGUGGCGGAGGAGCUGUGCAUCAAAGCGGCCAAAGAGUGUGGUAUCAGUCCACUGUACUGCAGCCUGUUUGCCUUGAUGAGGGAGAGUGACCGUAUGUGGUAUCCACCCAGUCACAUCUUCAAAGCAGAUGAGUCCACCAAUGAGAAGCUCCUCUUCAGAAUAAGGUUUUAUUUCCCUGGCUGGUACGGCAGUGGACCAAGCAGUGCUCAUCGUUAUGGCGUCACUAAGACCUCUGAGGCUCCUGUCCUGGAUGACAUCACCAUGGCCUACCUGUUUGCCCAGUGGAGGAGCGAUUUUGUGGAUGGUUCUGUCUCUGUUCCGGUCAGUCACGAUGCUCAGGAGGAGUGUUUGGGGAUGGCCGUGCUGGACAUGAUGCGGAUCGCUAAAGAGAAGGGCCAGUCUCCUGUCGACAUUUACCAUGACAACAGCUAUAAGACAUUUCUCCCUAAAGGAAUGCGAGCUCACAUCCAGGAUUAUCACUUCGUCACCCGGAAACGGAUCCGUUACCGUUUCAGGAAGUUUAUUCAGCAGUUCAGUCACUGUAAGGCGACUCUGAGGGAUCUGAAGCUGAAGUAUCUGGCUAGUAUGGAAUAUUUACAGCCUGCCUUUUACACCGAGCGCUUUGAUGUCUCUGAGCCGUCCAUUGGUAAGGUCACCAUCAUCGUCACCGGAAACCAUGGCAUCCAGUGGACCAAAGGGAAAGACACAGACCUACUGGAUCUGCAGGUUUACUGUGAUUUCCCUGAUGUUAUUGACAUCAGCAUUAAGCAGGCCAGCAAAGAUGGGUCUGUUGAGAGUUGCAUCGUUACCAUAAACAGACAAGACAGCCAGACACUGGAGUUGGAGUUCCACUCUUUGAUAGAGGCUUUGUCCUUUGUGUCCUUGAUUGACGGCUAUUACAGACUAACCACAGAUGCACAUCACUAUCUCUGUAAAGAGGUGGCACCACCAAGACUGCUGGAGGCCAUUCAGAGCAACUGUCACGGUCCUGUCUCGAUGGAAUUUGCCGUCAGUCGCCUGCGUCACUGUGACAGUGCUAAAGGAAUGUACAUCCUGCGCUGCAGCCCAAAGGACUACGACAAGUACUUCUUGUCUUUUGUGGUGGGGUAUGAGGGUACUCUUGAGUAUAAGCACUGUCAGAUCAUGCGCACUCCGGCCGGUGAGUUUGUUCUGAGCGGGGCAAAGUGCACAUUCGGCAGUCUGAGUGAGCUCCUGCACCGUUACCAGAAGGAGGCGCUGCGCUCGGAGGGGCAUGUCUUCCAGUUCACCAAGUGCUGCCCACCCAGGAGCAAAGACAAGUCAAAUCUGUUGAUCUGCCGGAGUAACCAGGGUUCAGAUGUGUGUCUCUCUCCUACACUCUUCAAGCACAACAUCAGUCAGAUGGUUUUCCACAAGAUCCGAAAGGAGGACCUGGAAACUGUGGAGAGUUUAGGUCAUGGGACAUUUACGCAGGUCUUCCGUGGCAUCAGGCGUGAGCUGGGGGACUAUGGAGAGAUGCACGAGAUGGAGGUGGUGAUGAAAGUGCUGGACAAGACCCACCGCAACUACACAGAGUCUUUUUUUGAAGCAGCAAGUAUGAUGAGCCAGCUGUCCCAUAAGCACUUGCUGUUGAACUAUGGAAUCUGUGUGUGUGCUGAGGAACACAUUAUGGUGCAGGAGUAUGUGCGUUUUGGUUCGUUGGACACGUACCUGAAGAGACACCGUGCCUGCAUCAACAUCACCUGGAAACUGGAGGUGGCCAAGCAGCUGGCCUGGGCCAUGCACUACAUGGAGGAUAAGAAUCUGAUUCAUGGAAACGUUUGUGCUAAAAACGUUCUGCUGACCAGAGAGGAGGACAGAAAGACUGGAACGCCACCGUUUAUUAAACUGAGUGAUCCUGGCAUCAGCAUUACUGUACAGCCCAGAGAGGUUCUGAUUGAGCACAUCCCCUGGGUUCCCCCAGAGUUUGUGGAAGACUGCAGGAACCUGAGCUUGGACACAGACAAGUGGGGUUACGGCACCACUCUGUGGGAGAUUUACACCGGAGGAGAGAAACCUCUAAGCUUAUAUGAUUCCUCAAAGAAACUGCUGUUCUAUGAGGACAGGCAUCAGCUGCCCGCUCCCAAAUGGACUGAACUGGCCAAUCUGAUCAACAGCUGCAUGGAUUACGAGCCUUCACAGCGGCCGUCUUUCAGAGCCAUCAUCAGAGACUUAAACAGCCUCUUCACACCUGAUUAUGAAUUGCUGGUAGAGAACGAUACGGCUCCAGUGCGGAGUCGAGGGUUCGGCUUCGCUGGUGCUUUCGACAGUCAGGAGCCGGUUCACUUUGAAGCGAGACACCUCAUCUUCCUGCAGCAGCUGGGCAAGGGUAACUUUGGCAGUGUGGAGAAGUGCCGUUAUGACCCUCUGCAGGAUAACACAGGUGAGGUCGUUGCGGUGAAGAAACUUCAGCACAGCACGGCGGAGCACCUGCGUGACUUCGAGAGAGAGAUCGAGAUCCUCAAAUCACUGCAGCACGAAAACAUCGUCAAAUACAAAGGAGUGUGCUACACUGCAGGUCGUAAAAACCUGCGGCUGAUAAUGGAGUACCUCCCCUUUGGCAGUUUGAGGGAAUAUCUCGCUAAAAACAAGGAGCGUUUCGAUCACAAGAAGCUUCUGCACUACGCCUCACAGAUAUGCAAAGGAAUGGACUACUUGGCCUCCAAGCGCUACGUGCACAGGGAUUUGGCCACACGGAACAUCCUGGUGGAGAGCGAGUUGAGGGUGAAGAUCGGAGACUUCGGCCUGACGAAGGUUCUGCCUCAGGAUAAGGAUUAUUACACCGUCAGAGAGCCGGGAGAGAGCCCAAUAUUCUGGUACGCUCCUGAGUCCCUGACAGAGAGUAAGUUCUCAGUGGCGUCGGACGUGUGGAGUUUUGGAGUCGUUCUGUACGAACUUUUCACCUACAGCGAUAAAAGCUGCAGCCCACCUGCUGUGUUUAUGGAGAAGAUGGGUAUUGAUAAGCAGGGACAGAUGAUCGUCUAUCACCUGAUAGAUCUGCUCAAACAUAACUACAGAUUGCCAGCGCCUGAGGAAUGCCCUGCUGAGGUGCACUCUCUGAUGAAGGACUGUUGGGCAGCCGACCCGAGCCAGCGUCCGUCUUUCAAAUCUCUUGGCCGCUCGGUGGACACAUUCAGAGAGAGUAAAGAAGGCUGACGGAAGAGUAAUCUCUCUGCUGCCCACUGGAGGGCGCCACUGCUGCAUCUUCUGAGCUCGCAUCAUUCUGGGAUAGUGAACUAGCGCCGGACACUGACGGCAAACGUGGGGAGCGAGGAGUGCGUGUUUUUUCUGCUCCCACAGCGGCUCAUAUAUGCUGUGCACUGCAGUAUUGAAAUGACCGGCUUUGUUCGGCCAGUCGGACGCAUUUUUUGUUUUUUUGGGUUUUUUUUUUUCCUUUAUGCAGCAACCAACAUUACAAACUAUGAAUUAGUAUCAAGUUGCUUUGUUAACUAAUUAGUGUUAAGUUGCUUAAAAUCCCAGGCUUAUUACUCAGUAACUCCAGGGACUUCAGACUGGCUGAGCUACUCUUAGUAAUGAGACUGUGGGCCUGCCAGUGGGUUCUGGCCAGUUAAGGGCUAAAAGCAGAAAGUUAUCAUGGUAUCACUUCAAGGUAUUAAAAAAGGUCUGACUGAAGUUUAAUAUUGCUGUUUUUUUUGUUUGGUUGUUUUUUAGUGUAACACUUGGUGUUUAUUAUACUGCAUGUAUUUGCCGUGGCGGUGAAUGAGAUGAGUCCGUCUCUUUCUCUCGGUUUGUCUGUGUGGGGGCGUAAAAAGACAUUUCUUGGUAAAUAUGUACACGUUUGUGGCGAGAUGAGUCUGAGUGGAGUGCGUUACAGUUCUUCUCUUUCUAGAUCUGUACUAAUGGAGCCGUGUUUGCGUCAGAGUGAGGGUUUGCGUGUCGGUGGUGGGGUUGUGGUGUAAUUAACCAUCUUUAUUCAUCCACCAUGCUGGGAAGAAUUAUAAUAAUUAUAAUCACAAGCUGUCCAUCAGUGGCCAGUGCCGGAGAUAUGGGGUUCGUAGGAAUUUGAUUAGCGUGUGCAGGACAUACAGCCAGAGUCUGUGAGGAUUUUCAAAAUUGAAUUGCAAAUUUACUGAUCUCACUCUUUUCGGCUUCCGUAGCGGCUCAUACAUGCCGUGCACUGCGGUAUUGAGGGGAUAUAACAGGCUUUAUUAAGCCCAAAGGUUUUUUUUUCCUUUAAGCAGCAACAAACAUUAACUAAGCCCUAAAAAUCCCAGGUUUAUUACAUACUAAGGCUUGUUAUUUUGAGGUUCGUAAGGGUUUUAUUAGCAACGUGCAGCAUCCAUAGCGGAUCUCUGUGAUACUCUUUACAGCAAGUCUCCUGGACACGAGUUAAGGCUACUUUAGGACUAAACUCUGUGGUAGUUCACCCCUGAAAAGCCUUUUAGUCCAGGCUUAAGCUUAAUCUGUUUUGGAAAUCUGCGCUUUGUAAAACGAGGUAUGGCGUUACAUUUUUAAAGGCAGAGUGUGUUCGUCUUCCCAUACAGUCCAUAUAAGGAAAUUAAGCUGACAAAA